AACUGCUCAGUUGAUGUGUGCAGCUCUUAGCGAUUACUUCAUUCGCCUUUCACUUUGUGUUUAUUAUUUUUUAAUAUUAAAAUGUCGCAUAUUAAGAAUAUAAUUCCGAAAACAGUGAAUCCUGAUCUAAUAAAGGAGCGCUCAGGGGCCACCUUUGAUGUGGAGGAGUUUGCUGCUUGGUGGCAGGGCAGUGUUGAGAAACUUAAAACCAAAAGAGAAAUAGAGCGUGCCAUCUUUAGUGAUCUGGAGGAUGGCUAUGGCGUGAACCAUGAAUACAUGUCCCAUGAGGAUCUCUACAAUUCUACAGUGAAGAAGGUGGCCGAAGCAGCGCCCAAGUUGAAAGCGCUGCAGAACAAGCUCAAUCCUGGAGGCAAAGACAUUUGGCCUGGCUGCCUGUACAACACCCAGUCCUUUGGCCUGUUUCCCGCCAAUCAUCCGCUGGCCACGCACAUUACCAUGUUUGUGGAUGUGAUCAAGGGUCAGGGCACUCCCGAACAGGUUGAGAAGUGGGGCAAGGCGGCGGAGAACUGCAACAUAAUUGGCAGCUAUGCACAAACGGAACUUGCCCAUGGCACCAAUGUGCGAGGCAUCGAGACGAGGGCGGACUAUGAUGUGAGGGGUGGGGAAUUUGUGCUCAACACACCCAAUUUGGAGGCCUACAAGUGGUGGCCCGGCGGCAUGGGUCACACGGCCAACCAUGCCAUGGUUGUUGCCCAGCUCUACAUCUCCGGCAAGCACAAAGGUGUCCAGAUGUUCAUUGUGCCGCUGCGUGAUCCGGAGACACACAUGCCACUGCCCGGCAUUGACAUUGGUGAGGUUGGCAAGAAAAUGGGCAUGGCCUCGGUCAAUCAAGGUUUCUUGGGUCUGAAGAAUGUGCGCAUUCCACGCAACAACAUGCUCAUGAAGUUUGCCAAGGUGGAGCGUGAUGGCACCUUUACAGCCAGUCCCGCUUCCCGGGUCAACUACCUGACCAUGGUCUUUACGCGCUGCCUGAUUGUCGAUUUGAACUCCAUUUUGCUGCUGGAGGCUUCUACAAUCGCCACCCGCUACUCCGCCGUGCGUCGCCAGAGUCCCAUUGAGUCCAAUGGACCGGAGCCGCAGAUCAUAGAUCAUGUUACGCAGCGUUUGAAACUGUUCCCGGAGAUUGCCACUGGCAUUGCGUAUUCUCUGGUCGCCAAGCACAUGUGGGAAAUGUACGAUCAGACGGUGCUGGAUGCCAACAAUGGUAAAUUUGAGCGAUUGCCCGACAUGCACAUCCUUUCGUGCGCCUUGAAGGUACUCUGCACCACUGAUGGCUGUGCGGGCAUUGAGCGUCUGCGUCUUUCCACUGGCGGACAUGGCUAUCACAUUGUCGCCAAUCUGAGCAACAUCUAUGGUAAUGCAGUGGCUGCGUACACCUAUGAGGGCGAGAAUACGGUGCUCCUGCUGCAGAUUGGACGUGCUCUGGUCAAGGCCUGGGCUAGCUUCAAGCAGGGUCAGGCUCCUUCCUCAUCAUAUGCCUACUUUGAGCCUUCCAUGCGAUUAACCGAGUUUCCCAAGUGGGACAACUCCUGGCAAUGUAUUGUCAAGGCACUACAGUUUACAGCAGCCCGAAAGACCCGCAUUGCCUUUGAUAACAUGUCGGAGCGCAUUGCAGCUGGCCAGUCUCAGGGCAUGGCAGCCAAUAACACUGGAAUUGAGCUGACACAAGCUGCCGAGCUUCAUGGUCGUCAGUUUGUGUGCCAAGCUUUCAUCGAGCAGAUCACUGGAUCCAAGGCCCAAAAACGCUCCAAGGCUCUGAACGAAGUUCUAGAAAAUGUGCUGGAACUGUUCCUCGUGAAGACUGUGCUCAACAAUUUGAGUGAUAUACUGAGAUUCAUCAACCUGACUGAUGCGGAUCUGAAAUCUCUGCAAAACCGUUUGGAGCUGUCGCUUGAAAAGUUCCGUCCGAAUGCCGUGGCCAUUUGUGAUGGAUUUGAUUUCCACGAUCGCGUUCUCAACUCUGUUUUGGGCAGCUACGAUGGCAACGUUUAUCCACGCCUCUUCGAUGCAGCCAAGCGCAGUACGAUGAACCAAAAACCCGUACAAAAGUCAUUUGAAACCUAUCUGAAACCCCUGAUGAAGGCCAAUCUGUAAAUAAUGCAAUAUUACCAUGCAAAUAUCUGUUUGCUUGAACUGUUCCUUAAAAUAUUAUGCAUUUGUUGAAUAUAAUUUUGAGUAUCUUCAAAGAAAUGCACACUGUAUUCUUUUAAU